AUGUCGAAAUCUCAUAUCACACUUGUGCCUUCCAAGAAUCAGAUAGUAGUGAACCCAGCUAGUGGCAAGAGGGAGCGCAUCUUUGUCAAGCUAGAGGCCGUGUAUCCCACUCCCGAGGAGCCUGGAUCUGAAUUGGCUUUCGAGGAGAUCUGGGCCAUGAACCGGGGCUGGCUUGGGCGUAACUGGGAUGAUGAGCCGUUGACAGAGAACACUCAGCCCGAAGUGAUGAAUGUCGAACCCCCUGUUAUUGAUGACCUUGGCCAGAUGGUGCAGGAGAAGCUGGUGGUUCACACCGAAACAGUCAUGAUGGACGAAAACGGUGCCAUCAUGAAGGAGAAGAGCAAGAGUAAGAAGAAGAAGGUGAUGGAGGUCAACGAGACACAAAUAAUCAAAGCAAACCUGGAUUCGCCGUCUAGGCCCAAGUUGAAGAAGAGAAACACAGCCGAGCCAACAAUGACCAUCCACACCAGAGCUGCAACGGAUGAGAUUUACGAGAUUUUCAACCAGCCUCUUCAGUCUACCCCUCAAGAAGAGGAGGAGGAGGAGGAAGAGAGCGACGAAGACGAUGACUAUGAGUCGGACGGCGAUUAUACCGAAGCGGAGAGCACCAUGACCACUCGCCAAGUUGACAUGGGCGAUGACGCUGAUGAAGAUGACGAAGGUGACGACGCUGCGUCGGACGCCAAGAGCAUCAGCGAAUGGUCGGAUUUCUCAACUCGCAAGCACGUCCCAGAUGUUAGCGGGGAUGCCACUGAAGCUGAUGUUGACAACACUCAAGCCUCUGACCUGAUGGAUCCUAAUUAUGCCGAGCCUUCUGGCCCUGUCUUAGAUGAAAACACAAUCUCUCAAGAACCUAGGGACUCGGAAGGAGAGGAAGAGGAUGAAGAAGAUGAAGAAGACGACGACUACCUGCCCAGAACGAAGACAAUGUUUGUGCCGAUACCGCCUGAGGAUUAUGAGCCUAGGACACGGCCGUUUAGGGAUGCGGCCGAGAUUGCUAACAACCGACUUCCGUUCAUGACCCCGAUUACGGAGAGGACUGAGUCUUCCCUGGCGUUUACCGAACGCAAGGCGAAGUUUGAGACACCGAGCCGCGACUAUGCUGCGUCUACCAUUGACGAAGAAGAGGACGACAUGCAGGAGCCCGGCAGCAGUCCUCUGAGGGAAGUUUUGAGUGGGUUCAGUCCUGUCAAGAUCCCUCAGCCUCUUCUUAGCAAGCCAAAGGUUGCCUCCAAGCCGCCGCCUCAAAAGGGCCCUAUUAUCAAGGAGCUUCAGUGCAAUCCUGUUGAUGAUGCGGUCCGGGAAGAAAUUCUCUCCAACAUGCAGCCUCCUUUGACCUCUUACCCUGGCUUCUACGAUCACCGUGACGAGAAGUACGAGAAGGGCAACGAGAUCCGCAAGUUCGCCAAGGCCAUGUCAAAGGCAGCCAAGGGCGAGCGCACCAGCAACGCCUGUGCGAUGGUGACCGUUCAGUUUCCCGAUGUCUCAACCCAGUACGUCAUUAGGAAGGAGCUAGGUGCCGGUGCUUUUGCUCCCGUCUACCUCGUGGAGAACUCGACCGUCGAUGAGGAUGACGAGGAUGGGGUCGUGGCCAUGGGCAAGGGCGCGUUUGCCGUCAGCCACCGUUCAGCCUUGGAGGCGCUCAAGAUGGAACUUCCCCCGUCGCCGUGGGAGUUCCACAUGAUGCGCGUCGCUCAUAACCGUCUCGGUCCCCAGCACCGCGCGUCCGCCUCCAUUUCGUACGCGCAUGAAUUCCACCUGUACGAGGAUGAGGGCUUCCUUUUCCUCCCCUAUCACUCCCAUGGAAGUCUCCUUGAUGUUGUCAACUUCUUCCGCGCCGAGCCAUCUGCGGUUAUGGACGAGCAGCUGGCCAUGUUCUUCACCAUUGAGCUUUUCCGCACCGUUGAGGCUCUGCAUGCCCGCGGCGUCCUCCAUGGCGAUCUGAAGGUCGACAACUGCCUGCUCCGCCUGGACGGCAACGCCAACAGUCACCCGCUCGAGACGCAGUAUCGCGCUGACGGCUCCGGCGGCUGGGACACGAGGGGCGUGACGCUCAUCGACUUUGGUCGCGGCAUUGACAUGCGCAACUUCCAGGCCGAUGUGGCUUUCGUCGCGGACUGGAAGACCAGCGCGCAGGACUGUGCUGAGAUGCGCGAGGGUCGCCCGUGGACGUGGCAGAUUGACUACCAUGGCCUCGCCGGUAUCGUCUACUGCCUGCUGUUCGGCAAGUACAUCGAGACGGUCCGCUGCGACCAGGGAGGCAUCGGUCUUGCUGGACGCAAGUACCGUAUCCGCGAGAGUCUCAAGCGCUACUGGCAGACGGAGAUUUGGGGCGAGUGCUUCGACUUGCUGCUGAACCCCGGCUCCUUCGUUGCGGACGAGGAGGGCGGCAGUAUGCCUGUGCUCAAGAGCAUGCGGGGCGUCAGGGAGAAGAUGGAGGCCUGGUUGACGUCGAACUGCGAAAGGGGCGUCGGGCUGAAGAGUCUUAUGGGGAAGGUUGAGGCGUUUUCUAGAGGUAGAAAGUGA